GUCCAUGGAUGCCUGCUGUCAUUGAAUUUGGCCCCUAUUUUGUUGUAUGUCAUUCAUCUCCUCCUGCCGGGCCCUUUCUCUGUUUUCGGUUUCGUUUUUCUGCUCAGCAGGCUAAUAAAGGGACGGGUUUGAAGACCAGCUAGAAAGAAACACACAGACCCCUCACCACUACAGUGACAGCAGCACAGAUGGACUGCAAUCUUAGACCGUACCAGGAGGAGGUGGUGCAGGCAGCACUCAGAGGGGAGAACAGCAUCAUCUGGAUGCCCACCGGUGGAGGAAAAACCCGUGCUGCGGUUUACGUCACUAAGAAACACCUGGAGACCACAGUCAAUGCCAAAGUGGCAGUGCUCGUCAACAAGGUGCAUCUGGUAGACCAGCACUUUGCAAAAGAAUUCAAGCCUUAUCUUGGGAGUACAUACAAGAUAACAGCCAUCAGUGGGGACAGUAAUGAGAAAGACUUGUUUGGGUGUCUAGUCAAGGCCUCAGACCUGGUCAUCUGCACGGCUCAGAUCUUGGAGAAUGCCCUGAUCAACAUGGAGGAAGAAAAACACGUGGAGCUGACUGACUUUACCCUGCUGGUAAUAGACGAAUGUCACCAUACACAAAAGGAGAGCGUCUAUAAUAAGAUAAUGGGCCGCUAUGUUGAAAAGAAAGUGAGAAAAGAAGGGAAUCUUCCUCAGAUUUUGGGUCUCACAGCAUCACCUGGUACAGGAGGAAAUAAGCAACUGGAUAAAGCUGUUGAACAUGUACUGCAGAAUGAACAAAAGGAAACCAUUAAACAUUUUAGAAAAGGAAUCCUCAACCUCCUCAUCUCCACCAGUGUAGCUGAGGAAGGACUUGAUAUUCCAGAAUGCAACUUAGUUGUACGUUACGGGCUGUUGACCAAUGAGAUCGCUCAGCAGCAGGCCAGUGGGCGGGCUCGAGCUAUGAACAGCGUCUACUCAGUGGUAGCCGAAGAAGGUGGGCGUGAAAUACGCAGGGAACUCACCAAUGAGUAUCUAGAAAGUCUGACUGCAAAAGCUAUUGACCAAGUGCAGCAAAUGAGUCCCAGGGAGUUCAGACUCAAGAUAUCCGAGCUCCAACAAAUCACUGUAAUGAGUCGGAUCCAGGCCGAGAAGAAAAAGGAUGAGAGGGAGCAGCGCUAUAGUCCUGGUCAAGUUCAGUUUCAGUGCAGAGGAUGCUUCUUGCCUGUCUGUAGUGGAGAAGAUUUAAGAAAAAUAGAAAAUACUCACCAUGUCAACAUCAACCCUGAGUUUGAGUGA